AUGAAUCAAAAUGGAUUUCUCGAUAUGAAUUUCAUUUUUUUUAAAGGUGUUCCAAAAUUAAUGCAGGUAGCUGAUGAUAUGAAUCGAAUGACGAAUUACAUGAUGGAUCUACGUAAUAUUGCCUUUUGCACAUUUAUGAUUUCGAUAAUUGGUGGAGUAAUAUUUUUGGUGCUCCAAAUAUUGAUAAGGCGUCAACAAGUUACAAAACGAAGAAGCGACAUCAUGAAGAAGAAGACUGGGGAAUUCAAACGAAAUAAUUUCAUGCAUUCAAAUAAUGGUGCAUAUCAAAAUUACAUGAAUGGCAAAUCGACGAUAAUCACUUUAGAGAAACCGUAUGAUAAACCACUACCAACAAUAAUCAAGGAAUGUUCCAUUGAUAUAUCAUGA